UCCGACUACGGUUCUCUACUCAAGUAGUGCCGAAAGCCCCAACUCUUGACCCCUCCUUUCCUCUCGCCGCGUUCUCCGUUUCUCUCCUUCUGUUUUCUAUCUGCGCAGGGUUAAAGUACGAAUUGACAAACCCUAGAGUGAGAAAUGGGUCAGAUCCAAUACUCUGAGAAGUAUUUCGAUGAUACUUAUGAGUAUAGGCAUGUGGUUCUACCUCCCGAAGUCGCUAAACUUCUUCCCAAGAAUCGUCUUCUUUCUGAAAAUGAGUGGCGGGCAAUUGGAGUUCAGCAGAGCCGCGGUUGGGUUCAUUAUGCGAUUCAUCGUCCUGAGCCUCACAUAAUGCUUUUCAGGAGGCCGCUGAACUAUCAACAGCAGCUGGAAAACCAGGCUCAGCAAAACAUGCUUGCCAAGUGAUUAGCCUUCAGGCAAUAUCUGAAAGCAGAUCUCAAAAUUAUCUGUAUUUUGGAGUCUGCUCGAACACAUGUUGUAAAACCUAGCACAACGGUGGACCUCUUUGUAAUAGCUGAGAUGGGUUUCCAUUAUCAUUCGAGCUGUGUUCUAAAGACACGAGUUUUCUGAGACAUGUUAUGUGUAUACACUUGGUGUACUAAUCUAGUGUGUUCAAUAGUUUCAUACUUCAUAGUUACUUGUUAUAAACAUUUUGCUGUUCAUUAGGCAACGUGAUCCCUUCUUUUUUUUUU